AUAUUGAAAUGAAAUAAGCAACGGUAGCGUUUUGUUGCUCGAUCCCCAUUUCUUGAUAGUUCCAUUUUUUCUCUCAUUUCAUUCACACAACAAUUUCAAAUCUCGGGCGCCCAUGUUGUAUUUACUUUCUGUGUGAAAUGAUCCAUUGUGAUAAAACAACAAAAAUUUAAGAAACAAACGCUGUGCAUAGAAAGUAGCAAGUACGUUUCAUUUCGUGCAUUUUAACAUCAAACAAGUGUUUUACGAUAGAAAAUCCGUAGAGUGAACGUGUUCACUCUAUCCCAAAAAUGUUGCUAAAGCGCAUCCGUUACCAGCUGAUGCAUUUAUAUAUUGGGUCAACAAAUAAUAAAUACAUAGCGCAUAGAUUUGCGUGUGUUUGAAUCAAUGUCAAGCCGUUUUUAAUUGAGAAUGUGGUUGCGCUGAUCACGAUACAAAACGACACAGCUCCCAAUCAAAACCAAUUUAGAAAUAAAACGCAAUUCAACCAUUAAAGAGUUUCAAACCGAGAGAGAGAGGGAUAGAGUUGAAAGUAGAAAUAAGUAACUUUUUCAGAUAGCAUUCACGUUGGAGCUACAUAAGAUGCACUCAAUACACCCAAUGACUAUUCAAUAAUUUUUCUCUCUAUGUGUGUUCCAAUUGUUCAUCCAUUUAUAUCGGAGUGGAUCAAUCAGCUGAUCUAUGAGACACCACAGAUAAUGAUGAUGAUACGAAAAAAAACAACAAUCUGUUCUACGUUCAAUUUUUCUCAGUUUUUUUUUUCAUCUCGAUUCUUUGAAAAAAAAUCUCAGUGUGUUUUAUGUUCGAAUGCGAUCCAAAACAGAGUCGAAAACAAUUAGAAAUAGAAAUAGACAAAUGGCAAGCACAAUAAAAACAAACAUCAAAAUAUUCACAGCGUGACAAGAAGACAAAAAGCGAAAUAAUGUCAAAGUGAACAGAGUCGGAACAAGUGACUCUAAUGAAAAGAUCAAACUUGUUUAGAAGUUCAGCAAACGGACGUUGUAUUGACAUUGUCUAUUCCGAUAAUUCCAUUGUAUUUUUACUGCGAUCGUUUCACGUAGUUGCUGUUAGUCGCAGAUAACACGACCGAAGAAAAGAACCACGUCGAAAUAUUUUCAAUUUUAUUUAUAGCCAAUUGAUAUCGGACACGGCAAUGUGUGUGUGCUACACAAGUGUGAAAAGAAAACAAGCAAAACUUGACUCAAAUGGCUAUUGAAAAUAAAACAAAAUAUUCGAAUUCUUGUCAAAUGAGAGAAAAAAUUAUGUAAAUAAAUAUGAAAACAAAAACAUGGGCUGAUUUUGCUACACCGAGUAAUUUGCUGUCGUCUUUGGAGUUCUGUGCUUGCAAAUACGUAACGUUGAUGAUGAGAUCAUAGCUAGAAUGAAAACACCUUGAAAUAAAUCUAUCCGGUGAAUUUUCAAAAACAAACUUGCAUCUAGUUCAUUCACAUAUUCCAUUUGAAUGUGGUGGCGCCGAAGUGAUCUAAACACAUUGGAUGUGUAUCAGCACAUCAGUAUUUUUAUGUCAUUUCAAUUCAAUUUCUUGUUCAAAUCUUGCAUGUCGCAAGGACUAUUGUGCUGGAAAAUCGAUGGCUAGACAAAGCCCAUUGGCGAUUUAUCAGUUGAUAUGUGAAAAAAAAAACAUAGUCAUAAAUAAAAGUUGAGCCAAGUUUGUUACACGCAUUGGCCACUGGGCUGUGGAGUCUGAGAGAGAUGGCAUAAGACAUGAUUUGCAUCGUCAAUUGUCAUCAAUGAGCAGCAGACGGUGACGCAUACGUGUACAAAGCACACCUGCGCUCUUUCGAUCUGCUGUUUCGGUGGAUAUUUAUGUAAUAUUUUGACUUAAAUCCAAGUCAUCCACAAUUGGUGUUUCUCUCUCUCUCUUCGAUUUGGAUUUCGUUCUGCUUUCUUCUCCUUCGCUGUGUUUGAAGCUUCAUUAAAUUUCGUGCUAAGUGCCGAGAUGGUGACAGCCAUCGUAGCAGAUCGCACAUACACUCAAAUGAUGUGAAGACAAAAAAAAACUUAUGAAAACAAAACAAAACAAGAAACAGCACACGAUUCGUCAUAAACAACAACAACAGCAACGCUUGACACAAUAAUAAUUUGUGACGUGAUAAAAUUUUUAAGCCGAUUUCUGUUUUUCUCUAUUCGAGAGUAAUAAGUGUAUCAAACAAGAGUAGAAAAUAAUAAUAAUAACAACAAUAUUGCAACCAUAAGUGGAAUAGAAGUAUCUCUGAAGUGAGCGACAACAAUCAUGCAAAGUGUUAAAAAUAGUUUAACUAUUGGACGGUUAGCCAUCAGUACAAACAAAGGACUCAAAUUUCGUAAUGGUCUCUUGUAUGCAUCAAGCUUGAACGCGUACAAUAAUAGCAAUGGAGCUUCGUCGCAGUUUGAUAUGCCAACACAUCAGCCACAUAGAUCGGUACAUCUGAGUCCUAUGCAUAGCAAAUCGACAAAAGAUACAUCGAGUACGCCACCAACACCACCACCACCACCACCACCCACCGGUGGAAACAGUGGCAAUGGAAACGAUAAACCACCCAGCGACACCGAAACAACGGCAUCAUCGGGCAGCGAAAGUGGAAAUGAACCGCCAAAUAAAAAUACAACGAUGACCUGUCCACGCUGUGGUGAUCCUUGCUCACAUGUCGGCACAUUUGUCAGUUUGUCACGGUUCGUGAAAUGCGUGAAAUGUAAUCACUUCUUUGUGGUGUUGAACGAUGAUAAAAAAUUGAAAAAUGCACCACUUAAAGAUAGCAUAAAUCCGAACACUGACCGAAGGCAACCACCGCCACCCAAGAAAAUUAUGGAAUAUUUGAAUAAGCAUGUAAUUGGUCAAGAUCUCGCUAAGAAGGUAUUAUCGGUGGCCGUCUAUAAUCACUACAAACGCAUUUAUCACAAUGCUCCUAGUUCGAAUAAUAGUAAUCAAUCAAUGGGCGAUUUCCCAUCGGCAGCUGCCGCUCGCGGUGGUGAUUUAUUGCAUAUAUCAGGUAUCGGACACACAAUGGUCAGUUCACAUCAAAGUGAAUUGCCACGAUCCGGUCAACAGCAACAAAACCAACCACCUCCUACGGCUGCAAAUCAACCCGUUUCCGGUUCCGAAUUACUUGACCAGAAAACCCAUGAGCUCAAACUCGACAAAAGUAAUAUUCUAAUGCUUGGACCUACGGGUUCGGGAAAAACUCUGCUGGCUCAAACCAUUGCCAAAUGCUUAGAUGUUCCGUUUGCAAUUUGUGAUUGUACCACGUUGACACAGGCUGGUUAUGUUGGCGAAGACAUCGAAAGUGUUAUCGCUAAAUUGAUGCAGGAUGCUAAUUACAAUGUCGAACGAGCACAAUUAGGUAUCGUUUUCCUUGAUGAAGUUGAUAAAAUUGGUGCUGUGCCCGGAAUACAUCAGCUGCGUGACGUGGGCGGCGAAGGAGUGCAACAAGGAAUGCUUAAAAUGCUUGAGGGGACCAUUGUGAAUGUACCAGAACGUAAUUCACCACGCAAACUUCGAGGCGAAACAAUUCCCGUUGACACAACAAAUAUUCUCUUUGUGGCUUCCGGAGCAUACACUGGUCUCGAUCGAUUGAUUGCCAGACGUCUCAAUGAAAAGUAUUUAGGUUUCGGUAUGCCAACCAAUUCAUCGGAGGGAAGACGAGCUGCCCAAGCAUCAGCAGCACCAAUGGAAAAUGAUCAAACGGAAAGAGAUGCAUCGCUUCGCAAAGUUGAGGCUCGUGAUUUAGUUGAAUUUGGAAUGAUUCCGGAAUUCGUUGGCCGCUUCCCAAUAUUAGUUCCAUUCCACAGUUUAGAUGUUGACAUGCUGGUUCGCAUUUUGACCGAACCGAAGAACGCCUUAUUGGAGCAGUACAAAGCAUUGUUGGCGAUGGAUAAUGUCUCCCUUAAAUUUUCAGACGAAGCUCUAAAUGCCAUUGCGAAAUUGGCCAUGGAACGACAAACCGGAGCCCGUGGUCUUCGCUCAAUUUUGGAAAAACUGUUGUUGGAUGCAAUGUUCGAAGUUCCUGGUUCCGAUGUAAAAACGGUUCUAAUUACUGAGGAUUGUGUCAAGGGUUUGUGUCCACCCGAAUACAUUCGUGGACCAUCCAGUUCAACGAGCACCGACGAACCGCCAAACACACAAGCCACUUCCACCGAAGAAGAAGAGAAUGCACAAGUUCGUGUCAAACAAUAACCAUAAACGCAUUAAAAAUAAUGCGCCCAUCCACUAGACAACAUUUAUUGGAUCCAUUUGAGCAGUUUUUAGAAUUUAAAAAUGAGAAAAUAAAAAAAAAACAAAAAAAAACGAUCAGAAAUUAAUUUAACUCUACAAAUAUUCACAUAAGUUGAGAAUUGUUGAACAGAAUGCGAAAAUUUUUCCAACAAAAAAAAAGGUUCUAUUUAGACAUAUUAUAUAUCAAUCGUCGAUUGAUUACGCUGUAACGAUUACUAUAAUCAAUUAAAUACAUUAAAUGAGAAAAAAAAAUUGUUACUUUAAAAAAGGAAUUGUGUUUUGCAAAAACGUGUCCACAAAACCGAGCGAUAGUAGUUUGACUAUUCACACAAACAUUGAAGAUGUUAUCCUAAGAUUCUUUUUCUUUGUAAAAAAAAAACAAAAACAACAAAUUUAAACGUUUAAAAAUUCGGACGGUAAGGUUUUAAAAAUAAAUGUUUUUGCUGAUUUAAUAGAAAUUGAAAA